UAAGUCAGUGAGCAGGACUGGAUGUCCUUGGACAAAAUGCUUUUAGAGUUGCAUUCUUCUACCUGUGAAAUGUGGGUGUAGACAGCGUUUAGCCUCUGAGAGCUUGGGGCUGCGGUGGAAGCUCAGGGACAGAGCCCAUGGGGAUGCUUUAAUCUUUCUCUGCUCUACCAGGACCCCCUAUGAAGCUCCCUGCAUGUGAUCUGAGGAUGGCAGAGCCACAGGGCCAAGAGCUCACAGCUGAGUGCCCUGUCUGCUGGAGCCCCUUCAACAACACGGUCCACACUCCCAAAGUGCUACACUGCUGCCACUCCUGCUGCGUGGAGUGCCUGCUCCACCUCAGCCUGGCAGCUCCAGCCCAGCGCCGCUUGCUCUGCCCACUCUGCCGUCAGCCCACCGUGCUGGCUUCAGGGCAACCAGUCACUGACUUGCCUACAGACACUGCCAUGUUGACCCUGCUCCGCCUAGAACCCCACCACAUCAUCCUUGAGGGCCACCAGCUCUGUCUCAAGGACCAACCCAAGAGCCAUUACUUACUGCGUCAGCCUCAGGUCUAUACCCUGGACUUUGGGUUGGAGCCUGGGAGUCAGACUGGAACCUCUCAUAACACAGUGCCUGACACCAGACCUGUGCCCAUCCCCAGCCACUACUCUCUCAGAGAGUGUACCCGCAACCCUCACUUCCGGACCUUUACCUACCUGAUGGCUGUCAUCCUCAGUGGUACCCUACUGCUCAUCUUCUCCAUCUUUUGGACUAAGCAGUUCUUUUGGGGCAUGGGAUGAGCACCCUCUGUUCCAGCACAAGGAACCGAGCCUUUCUUUGUGGUUGCCGGAAUGGGGACCACCGAGCCUCCUUUGAUGUUGUCUUCCUUGUAGUAUUGCUCAUUUGAGCCCAGGGUUUGGUUAGGUCAUGUGUCUGCUUUGGAGAACAGAGAUGGCCCGACAGGAAAAGCCAAAGGGUAGAGAGCCCUGAAGGUGAACUGUGGGGUCCUGGAGUGUAGAGUUCUGUGGCUCCAAAGGGCUGGACAGCACGGUCCAGACAUUUCACUGGAGCUGUGCUGAGCUGUUCAUGCGUUGCUGACAAUUCUGGAGUGUUUCCAUUUGUGGGCCAAUGUGUUUGUCUCUUCUUUCAGCUUUCUCUGAUUCUUACCAUUCCCAGUA